UAUAAAUUGUGCUUUUAAGAUGUCUAAAAUAAAGUUUUUACUAGGGGACAAAAAUCUUACUGUACACCCUGAUGAUGUGACUCCAGAAACAACCCUUAAUGCCUAUUUAAGGGACAUUAAUCAUUUAACUGGUACAAAACGUAUGUGCCUUGAAGGCGGGUGUGGGUGUUGUAUUGUAGCCGUUGAAGAAAUUGACCCAUUUACAAAAAAGAAAAGGGUCUUUGCAGUUAACUCUUGUCUUGUAUCUAUUUUUUCAUGCCAUGGCAUGAAAAUACAUACCAUAGAAGGGAUAGGUGGUCCCACCACAAGAUUUAACGCAAUUCAAAAAAGUUUAGCAGAAGGCAGUGGAACGCAAUGUGGAUUUUGCUCCCCUGGUAUGGUAAUGAAUAUGUACGCUUUAACCCAAAGCGGUCAAUUAAGCAAAGAAAGAAUUGAAAAUUCAUUUGGAGGUAAUAUUUGUCGAUGCACAGGUUAUAGACCAAUAUUGGAAACAUUUAGAAAGUUUGCAACAACUGAUAUCGAAGACUACACUCCUUGUCAACAAAAUUGUGAAGGAUGUCCAAGAACUAAUUUAACGAAUCAACUAACGGUUUUGUAUGAUGUUCAAAAAACUUCAUGGAUGAAGUUGUACAAUUUGGAUGAUCUUCUACUGACUUUAUCGAAUAUGGAAGGUUCUUAUAAACUGGUAGCUGGAAAUACAGCAAGAGGUGUAUACAAAAAUGAUCCACUACCUUCCACAUACAUUGAUAUCACAAGUGUAAUUGAAUUAAGGUCUUGGAAAAUUCAGGGUCCAAAUUUAAUACUCGGAGGGAAUGUAACCCUUAAUGAUGCCAUAAACAUUUUUCAAAGCAUUUCAAAGCAAAAUACAAAGUUUAGCUACUUAUCCAAACUGGCAAAACAUAUAGACUUGGUAGCAAAUCUCCCAGUAAGAAAUAUUGGAACGUUAGCUGGAAACUUAAUGAUAAAAUAUAUACACCCAGACUUCCCCUCAGAUAUUUUUUUAAUUUUGGAAACAGUUGCUGCCACUUUGAUCAUAGUGGACCCAACUGGGGAAGAAUUUGAUGUUAAACCAAAAAAAUUCUUAAAACUUGAUAUGAAGAAAAGGGUAAUAAAAUCCAUAGUUUUGCCGGAAUAUGAUGAUAAAUACACAUACAGGAGUUAUAAGAUAAUGCAUAGGGCCCAAAACGUUCACGCUGCAGUAAAUGCAGGAUUUUUACUAAAACUUAAAAACAAUUUUGUUGUACAAGCCACCAUAGUUUAUGGAAAUAUUAAUACGGAGUUUGUACAUGCUGAAUCUACUGAAAAAUAUUUAAAAAAUAAAAACAUAUUUGAUAAUAGCGUUUUGCAACAAGCAUUUGCUAGUUUGGAUAGAGAAAUAAAGACUGAUUACAGACCUCCAGAUGAUGGACCAGAAUAUAGAAAACAAUUGGCGAUAUGCUUAUUUUACAAGUUUGUUUUAAGUAUUGCUCCAAAGGAAAAAAUAUCAACCAAAUACCAAUCGGGAGGUUUUCUUUUAAAAAGACCUUUAUCAAAGGGAACUCAAGAAUACUCCACUAAAAAAGACAUGUAUCCAGUGUCUGAACCUGUUAUUAAGUUGGAGUCAUUAGUACAAUCUUCCGGACAAGCCAAAUAUAUUGAGGAUAUGCCAGAUUAUCCUGGACAACUAUUCAUACAAUUUGUGGUAGCUAAAGCACCAGCAAAUUCAGUUAUUACAAAAAUUGAUACGUCAAAAGCAUUGAGUAUUCCAAACGUUGUAGCUUUCUAUGGAAAGCAGGAUAUUCCUGGUGAAAACAAUUUUACCCCAUCAAUGGCUUGGAACCUCUUCGCAUUUAAAGAAGAAGUUUUUUGUAGUGGAACAGUUCAAUAUUACGACCAACCUGUUGGAAUAAUCGUCGCAAAAUCACAAGAAGUAGCAGACAAAGCUGCUGAAAUUGUUAAAGUAAAUUGUACCCCUCCAAUAUCCGAACCUUUGUUAGUAAUAAAAGACGUUCUAAAGGCACCUGCAGAUGUACAGAAAAAAAAGAUUAAACAUUUAACUGAUUUGGUCGCUAAAAGAAAAGGUAAUUCUAUUAAAAAAGUCAUCAAAGGAGAAUUCUAUGUCGGACCUCAAUAUCAUUUUCAUAUGGAAGUCCAAUGUUGUGCAGUAAUUCCAGUUGAAGAUGGUUUGGAUGUCCACUCAUCAACACAAUGGAUAGAUGGUACUCAACUUGGAGUGGCGAAUGUUCUUAAUAUCCCCGCUAAUAAAGUUAACAUGCAAGUGCGUCGCUUGGGCGGAGCAUUUGGUGCUAAAAUAACCCGUAAUACACUACCUUCAGUAGCUGCGGCUCUAGCAGCUUACAAACUCAACCAACCGGUUAAAAUGCGUUUAUCCCUUGAGAAAAACAUGGAAAUAAUUGGCAAGAGAUAUCCUUGUUACGUCAAGUACGAAGUAGGAGUAAACGAAAAAGGAGUAAUUCAAUAUUUAAAUGCCGAUAUUUAUUCUGAUUUUGGAAUUGGAGGAAAUGAAGCUAUGUUCCUCUUUUUACUUGAUUGUUUUCAAAGUGGUUAUCUCUCAGAUACUUGGAAUGUUUCACUUUAUCAGGUUCAUACUGAUACACACGCCAACUGUUUUGCUCGAGCACCAGGUACUACAGAGGGUUUUGCUGCUAUCGAGGCUAUAAUGGAGCAUAUAGCCUCCAGCUUAAAUUUAGACUCUUACGAUUUGAAGAAAGCUAAUUUUGAUUUAACUAAAUAUCCUAAAAUUCAAGAUUAUUAUACGGAAAUCCUUACAUGGGCUAAUAUCAACCAACGUAAACAAAGCAUCAAAACAUUUAACAAUAAUAACAGAUGGAAAAAACGUGGCAUGUCAAUUUCUCCUCUUGUAUGGACUUUGGAGGUUACUGGUAACUUUUCAGUAUUUGUUUCCAUAUUUCAUGGUGAUGGAAGUGUGGCUGUUGCGCAUGGUGGCAUUGAAAUGGGACAAGGGAUUAAUACUAAGGUUGCCCAAGUGUGUGCCUAUAAAUUGGGAAUACCUUUAAACAUGGUGUCUGUAAAACCUACCAAUACUUUGACAAAUGCAAAUUGCUUUAUAACAGGUGGUAGUGUAACCAGUGAAGCAGUUUGCUGGUCCACUAUAAAAUCCUGCCAAAUUCUUUUGGAUAGAAUGAAACCAGUAAGAGAUCAAAUGACUAACCCUUCAUGGAAGGAUUUGGUUGCAAAAUGCUUUGAUAAAAACGUCUUACUUAGUGCCAAUUCACUAUGGUAUGCCAAUGCAUCGAAGGAGAUAGUACCCUAUCCAAUUUACGCAGUGGGCGCAGUCGAAGUAGAAGUUGACAUUCUAACAGGACAACACCAAGUCAUUCAAGUUGAUAUCAUAGAAGACGUGGGGGACAGCAUAAGUCCUGUUAUAGAUAUAGGACAAGUUGAGGGUGCUUUUGUAAUGGGUAUGGGAUACUAUACUACGGAAAAACUAGUUUAUGAUGAAAAAGGAAAAUUACUUACCAACAGAACUUGGAACUACUACCCACCUGGGGCUAAGGAUAUUCCGCAGAAUCUUAAUAUCAAGUUUCCAGGAAACAAUCCUAAUCCCGUGGGCACACUUCAUUCAAAAGCAAUUGGAGAGCCUCCGUUGUGCCUUUCAGUAGCAGUGCCUUUAGCAAUAAGAAAUGCUGUUGGAUUAGCUAGAAAAGAUGGAGAUUUAACCAAAGAAGCUUGGUAUCCUUUUGAUGGAUGUUCGACAAUUGAAAAUACUUUUUUAAACUCCCUAAACAACUACAAGAUGUAUAGUUUGUAAUUGUAUUAUAUAUGUAUGCAGUGGGUUAGUAAAUAAUAAAAAAUUAAUAUUG